CUUCCCCUGAAAUUGAGUUGCAAUUUGUUAUAAAUGGCGCGUAUACAAGAAAUGUUUGGGACAGUUCAGCAAGGCCUAAAUUAACUAGAUUAGCGGCACCUCACUCCUAGAAAGAGAGGAGAGAGAGGUACCAAACUCACUCUGAAAGCAAAAAAGGAAACCGCCAAGCAGCCACCGCUAUGCUGCGGCAGAUUACGGCGGCGCCACCAGCCACUUGUGAAUACUCUUCGAUUCCACAAUCCCCUUUCCGACCGUGAGAAAUGGCGGCGACAAAUAAGCAGAAACAGAUCCAAGCACGUGACCUGAAGCACCACGUGCUCGCAUGCAUCCACAAACUCUCCGACCGGGAUACGCAUUCCGCCGCGGCCUCUGAGCUCGAGUCGGUUGUUAAAACUCUUUCGCCGGAGACGAUUCCUCUUUUCCUUUCAUCAAUCUCAGCCACUGAUUCCUCCGACAAGUCCCCGGUACGCAAGCAAUGCCUCCGCCUUAUCUCUCUGCUCUCUGAGGAACAUGGUGACUGUCUAUCCCCCCAUCUGUCCAAACUCCUCUCCGCCGUCGUCCGCCGCCUACGCGAUCCCAACACCUCUGUCCGUUCUGCUUGCAUCGCCGCUUGUGGAUCCAUCUCCUCGCACAUCACCAAGCCCCCCUUCCCUUCCAUCAUCAAUCCACUCCUAAAUGCGUUAUUCACGGAGCAGGAAAUGAACUCCCAGAUCGGUGCCGCGCUAUGCUUGUCGGCUGUGAUUGAUGCAGCGCCUGAUCCGGAUGCUGCAUGCCUAAGGAAGCUGAUGCCGCGAUUCGAGAAGCUCCUCAGAUGCGACAGCUUCAAGGCUAAGGCGGCGCUUCUCACCCUGAUCGGUAGUGUAGUUAGCAUUGGAGGCGCUUCUAGCCAGUUGGUGGUCACAAAUUUAGUGCCGUGUUUGGUAGGUUUCGUCAAGAGCGAUGAUUGGGCAGUGAGGAAGGCAGCUUUCGAGGCUUUGUUGAGGCUCGCCACGAUGGAGAAAGAAAUGUUGAAGGAGUUCAAGGCAUCUUACUUGAGGGAUUUCGAGGGUAGAAGAUUCGAUAAGGUAAAAGCAGUGAGGGAGUCAAUAGAUCAGAUGUUGGAGGCGUGGAAGGAGAUUCCCGACUCCUCUGAUGAUAUUUCACCUCAAACAGAAUCCUCUACUUCAUCCAAAGAAAAAACUAGAGAUGGGUGUUAUCCGCCUCGCUCCAAGAUUUCGUACAGGAUGAGCUCGGGUGCUUCAAAUCAUAGUAAAAAAUACACCACUCCAAUCAACAAGUCCCAUUUUCCUGACCGUUCACCUGCUACCACAGUUAGGAGGAGGAGUUUUCUAGAGGGUACCCAAAAGAAAUCCGCUUCUGCAGUAUUUGGCAAGCUUGACCGCAAGAAGCCUCAUGAAGUAAAGACUGAAGUUUCUGCAUCUCAAGGCACUCCACCAUGGGAUAAUUUGAAAUAUAAGGAUGAGAAAUGUACAAAUCCAGAAACCAGAAGAGCCCUAUUUAUACAACAGAAAAGUGCUGGAUCUCGUGUUGUCCCAUACGAUGAAGAGAGAUCUGAGCAGGCCACCAUUGUCUUGAGUAGCGAAACUGGGGACCUUCGCACGAACUCGAAAGAAUGUGAAGAACUGUCUCAAAUUCAGAAUCAACUAGUUCAAAUUGAAAAGCAGCAGUCCAAGUUGUUAGACAUUGUCCAGGUAACCGUACGUUGAAUUGUAUGAAGUUACACCGCUUCAUAUUGGGGUAAAACCGUGAAACUCACAGUGGUUAUCUUGGAGAAGCAUGACCUACCAGUUUACACUGAAAAGUCCAACUAUUUUUGCUUUGAAGUGUUAUUUUCUGGAAAUUAAGGAAAAAACCCAAUAACCAUUUCAUUGUUCAUCCAGAAAUUCAUUGGGAAUACACAGAGUGGGAUGCAUUCCUUGGAGACACGGGUUCGUGGCCUAGAGUUGGCAUUAGAUGGGAUCUCACAGGACUUGGCUGUGUCAAAUCGACAACAAUUAUCAUCAAAUAGAAAGACUUCAUUCACAUGUUGCAAACUACCCAGUGCAGAGUUUUUUAGUUCAAGACUUUGGAAGAGGCGUUUACCCUCUCAGGUCACUGCACAGAGUACAGUUGGAGUUCGUGAAGGGUUGAGGGUAGAGAGUAGUAGGAGGUUCCAAUUCCAAGGCAACCAUGGGUUUAUUUUAAAUCCAUUGGCUCAAGAAUGAAUUUCAUUCCACAAGUGGAUUCUGAAAGAACAUGCACAAUAUCAUGUGUAUGAGAGAGAGAGUACGUGUAUAAAAUAUUAUUAGUAAUGUUACUACUACUCAUCCUUACUUGGAAUUUAUGUUUUUGAGUUGAACUAUACAUAUUUAAUUACCCCAUGACGCACAUUCUCUUGUUUAAGAAUGUCAUACCAUUGUCUGGUAAUUUGAACAAAUAAUAUCCAUUCUUCCAAUUCUCUGUUACUCUUGCAUUUGGUUUAGAGGCUGUUUGGUAAUAUUGUUUUGCGGCUUAUCGGUCAACUUUUUCAUCAAACAUGUAACUUUUGUUUUCGC